UGAUGCCUCUGUGUUUAGGCCCUGUUUCUUGUUAUUGUUCUGUUCUGCUGCGGAGCCAACAUUUUGUUUGAAAUGUUGGGGAAAAAGAUGAAUUUUUAAAGAAUUUUUAAAGAAAAUAAAGGUUUGCUGAGUGUCAGAACAGAAGAGACGGACUUCUCAAAAACCACAACUUUUUCUCCUCCUUUUACUUCUCCUCCUAAUAAAGCAGUGUCAACGUUUCUCUCUCCUUCCCCUUCUAGUAAAGCAGUAUCAACGUCCCUCUGUUUCUCUCUCUAGAAAUGACAGUGACGAUGUUGAGAUCCGUCGUUGAAGCAGCUCUGAGAAGAGCACCUACAUCGUCAAGCUCUUCUUCUAAUCAGCUCCUUCGCCGCCGAUGUUACUCCUCCGACUCCAACCCUGAACGCAAGGUCGCCGUCUUGGGCGCCGCCGGCGGAAUCGGCCAGCCCUUGUCCCUUCUCAUGAAGCUCAACCAACUUGUCUCUUCCCUUUCUCUCUACGAUAUCGCCGGCACCCCUGGCGUCGCCGCCGAUGUCAGCCACAUCAACACCCGCUCCCAAGUUAAGGGGUACGUGGGAGAGGAUCAGCUAGGGCAGGCCUUGGAGGGAGCCGAUGUCGUGAUCAUACCGGCCGGUGUGCCCAGGAAGCCCGGCAUGACUCGUGACGAUCUCUUCAACAUCAAUGCCAGCAUUGUCAAGUCUCUAUGUACUGCCAUCGCCAAGUUCUGUCCCAAUGCACUGGUGACUAUGAUAAGCAAUCCAGUGAAUUCAACAGUGCCGAUUGCGGCAGAGGUGUUUAAGAAGGCUGGGACUUAUGAUGAGAAGAAGCUAUUUGGUGUGACUACACUUGAUGUGGUUAGGGCUAAAACUUUCUAUGCUGGGAAGGAAAACGUUCCAGUGGCUGAAUGCGUCUCUCAACUUCAAAAUUCUGCCUGUGUUUGUACUUCAGAAGUGAAUGUACCUGUGGUUGGUGGUCAUGCUGGCAUAACAAUUCUCCCCCUAUUUUCACAAGCCACACCAACAUCCAAUUUAUCAGAGGAAGAUAUUGCUGCUCUUACUAAGAGAACCCAGGAUGGGGGGACAGAGGUCGUGGAAGCAAAGGCUGGAAAGGGAUCCGCUACAUUAUCUAUGGCUUAUGCUGGAGCCAUUUUUGCUGAUGCUUGCUUGAAAGGGCUUAAUGGAGUACCAGAUAUAAUCGAAUGCUCUUUUGUUCAAUCAAGCAUUACUGAAUUGCCUUUCUUUGCCUCUAAGGUAAGGCUUGGAAAGAAUGGGGUGGAGGAAGUCCUUGGACUGGGUACCCUAUCAGACUACGAGAAACAAGGUCUUGGAAAUCUCAUCCCUGAGCUCAAAUCUUCAAUAGAGAAGGGAAUCAAAUUUGCCAAUCAGUAGCUAGACUAAUCUUAUUAUCUUACUAUGAUUGUUGGGGUGCUAAUCCCCUAUUGCUCUUUCUGUUUGAAGUCAUUGCAAUUUUGCUUCUGCAGAAGAGAAAUCAUAUAUUUACGAAAUGUUUUGCCCGCCUGUCAGAGAUGAGAACUAGGGCAUUAUUGACUCUUGAGAUCCAAUUAAUAAGUUUCACUGUCUUGUAAUAGUUCUUCUAAUAAGCUACACAACCAUUUUUUGUCCUUAGUUGGACUUGAAUCUUUGACCUUCUAGAGAUACCACUAGGCUACAACAAUACAACUGCUGGUGUUAUUUUUAUGCUUGCAGGGUUAUUUUUCGAUGUAUCCAACAAAUUGAAGUUCUAAAUUGAAUGGGAUAUUAAGUGCAGUUGGUGAA